CAUGUGACUGCUUCUGUGGUUCUCAAAACAACACAGAGACACGGAAAAGGAAGUAGAACCCAUCAGUCACUUCCCAACACACCUUUUGUUGACUCCAGAUGAGCUUAGUCAUGCAGCGAAUGAGCACAUGUCAUUGCAGAAGGGGAACUGGGACUCCCCACUGAAUGUUUGUAUGUGCAUGUUGCAAGACUGUGUAUGCGUGAGAGAAAACAGAAGAAGCUGCUGUAAAGAGGUCAGGGUGUUCCCCAUUAUCCACUUGCUUACAUGACCAGAGUCAGCAUGUGUUGCAAUACACGUUUUAUCAUCCUAGUACCGAUGAUCAGCGUCAUCGUCAUUAUCAUCAUUUUGAGAUCAAUUCUUUUUUGAUACUUUGAAGUCAAACAUGAUCAGGAUCUUUGAAAAUAGUGCGAGACAGUCAAUUAGUGCUGGAAAGACAAAUCCAUCCGAAUAUUUUCUUUUGCAAGAGGCGGCGAGUACACCCUGGAAUGAAUGCCAGCCAAUCGCAUGGCAUACGAACAACCACCACCAUCACACUCACGUUCAAACCUAUGGACACACCUAAUUUAGAGUCUUCAAUUAACCUAACAAGCAGGUUUUUGGAAUGUGGCUUUGUAGCUGGAGUACCUGUACCCACACAAGCACAGGGAGAACAUGUAAAUAUUUGAAACCAAAAACUCAAAACUGUGAGACAGAUCUGCUUACCACAAUAACAUUACACUGGCCAGGAAAUUAUUCAUCAUUCUAAAAAGAAAUGAGAAAAAAGGAAAUGAAACUUUUGGCUGGGUAUUGGUCAUAUGCGAUGCCACAUGAUUUGUUUCGGGGAAUACUCAAGGUCUAAAACAUCCAUCCAUCCAUUUUCUGUACCGCUUAUCGUCACUAGGGUCGCGGGCGUGCCGGAGCCUAUCCUAGCUAUCUUUGGACGAGAGGCGGGGUACACCCUGAACUGGUCGCCUGCCAAUCUCAAGCUUCCUCUACCUCUCGGACUGGACUUCGGUGCGUUGACUUCGUCUCGCCCUCCCCUGCCCCCUCGCCCCCCAGCAAUGGCCUCACGCAUUGGUCUGCGUAUGCAGCUAAUGCGAGACCAGCUGCAGCAGGAGGAGCAGCGCGAGCGGCAACAGCAGCAAAAUGCUGCCCUGCAAUACAUGCAGCACCACAUGGCUGGACCACCUGCCCCCACUGCAGCCAUCAGCGCCCCCCAGAACUACCAAAGCAUGCAGGUGCCCGUGGAGGUUCUUAAGGUACAGACCCACCUUGAGAAUCCUACAGACUACCACAUCCGUCAGUCUCGGAGGCAGCAGGUGAAAGAAUACCUCUCCACUACCUAUGCCACCAAACAGAUGGUCCACGCUGUAGCAGGGCCAAUGCCACCAUCUCCCCCUGCAGCCAUUGGGCCUACAGGGAGUUCGGCGUCUCUACCCCCGCCCCUCCACUCUCCACACAGGCGCACUGAGCAGCUCAUGACUGGCAACAGUGCACCCAACAGCCCAAUGGCCAUGCUCAACAUUGGCUCCAGCCAGGAGCAAGAGAUGGAUGAGGUCAUUGAUGACAUCAUCAGCAUGCAGUCCAGUUACGAUGAUAUUCAGGCCUACGUAGACCCCGUACAGAUGCCCAACACACUCCCUCUGUCCAGCAGCCACCUGGAUGUGUACACAGGUCCAGGCAUGAAGGGGCCAGCCAUUGCAAUGACCAGCAACUCCUGUCCUGCCAACCUGACCAUCAAACGAGAAAUUUCAGACACAGAAGCCCGUGCCCUGGCCAAGGAGAGACAAAAGAAAGAUAACCACAAUCUCAUUGAAAGAAGACGGAGGUUUAACAUCAAUGAUCGUAUUAAAGAGCUUGGCACAAUGAUUCCCAAAACCAAUGAUCUGUUGCAUAGCGAUGCUCGCUGGAACAAGGGCACCAUCCUGAGAGCGUCUGUGGACUACAUCAAACGUAUGCAGAAGGAUGUACAGAGGACCAGAGAGGUGGCGACUAACUUCAAAAGGAUGGAAAUGGCCAACAAACAGUUGAUGCUUCGCAUUCAGGAGUUGGAGAUGCAAGCUCAUCUGCACGGCCUUCCCAGCAACUCUCCAUCUGGCCUGAACCCGGCAGACGUGAUGACUCCAUACAUAAAACAAGAGACCAGCCCAGAGGAGAACCUCUCCCACACUCAGACACAAGCUCCACACCAUCACCUAACCCAGAGCCAGGCUCCUCCCCAGCCCCAGCAGCAUCACUUCCUCCCGCAGGCCCACCUCCACCCACAAAGCCAUGCUCAGCCUCAGCAGUCCAGGCAGCUGACCAUGCUCCCCCAGCACCUCCAGCCUCAGCCGCCCAUCCAGUACCCAGCUAUAGGCAGCUCCCAGCCCUUUGACUUUGCCCAGUCGCUGGACUUGUGCGACGGGAUGCAGGCAUUCUCAGACGGCAUGUCGGGGCUGGGCGAUCUGGGAGGACUGGAUAUGCAGGGCCGUAGAAGCGAUAUGGGAUUUCUCAUGAUGGAUGAGCCGUUGUCCCCCAUGGGUGGGGACCCUCUGCUCUCCACCAUGUCCCCAGAGGCCUCUGUCGACUCCAGUCGCAGAUCCAGCUUCAGCAUAGACGAUGGCGAAAUACUGUAGACACAUGCAUGCACACACACACACAGACACACACACACAUACACACUCCUGCAAGUACAUGCUAAAAAAAAAAAAAACGUGUUGGUACCACUAUGGACAGCAUAAAAAAAGGCCAUCAUCACAAUGACUGGACGCCAUUAAGCAGCAGAAUCCUACAUCACAUUCAAUACACGUCAAAAGUGAUAUCACGCACAUGCAAAACUGGAUAAGACAUGAAAUGAGGAUCUUGAAACUUUCAAAGAACAUUUCCAAGGGGUAAACAAAUACUGAGAGGUCAACGUUCUACAGUACAUUGUUUUCAUGAAGGUGGUGGUCAUUUUUCAUUCAUAAGUAGAUAUUUGUAGUAGGAUGAUUGUACAUUGUCCCAUUUUGCCGUAUCAGCAUAAAUGAUUACAUGAUACAGAAGGAGCAGCUUCGUGGUCCCGUGUGUGUAGUUUAGUCUACAGCGAUGCUGCUCGGUCUCAUUUUUGUUUUGCUAUAUCUGUAAUUGCACAGUUUGUCGUCACGAUUAGCACUAUAUGGUUGGUGUCAGGUAGAGGCCAUCGUUAGCAUGCUAAGCUUAGCAUGGCCUUAAAGUGGCCAUAUUGACAUGCACAUUGUGGGCUUUAUGGGAGUAAUUCUAGGUGUCCUUUUCAUCAACUCACACAUUCACCAGUACCACUUUAUACGCCUCUUUGCUUCUGUUAGUGUCCUGGUUGCCAUUUAAAAGCAUGUCAUCCAUAUCUAUCAUACUCAGGUACUGUAACGGAAUUCACAAGCGGGGGUCAUUUUAAAUAAGUGCUGAUGGGAACUUGAACCAGGCCCAUAACUUAAGCAGCUUUUUAAGGCCAGAGUUCAUGACAAGAAUUGAUACUGUUAAAAAAAAAAAAAAAAAUCAAUGGUAGAGGGCCACACACAGGGUGGAUUUUAAUCCUGUGCAAAUUGCAGUAUACAGAUAGCUCACAUUAGGUUCACACACAUACACACAAAGUGUUCACUAGACACAGAUACAAGAUCUCCCAACACACACACACAGCACAUUGUGUAUUAAGGCUGGUUUCAAAUCAGCACCAUAGUGAGGGUGUCUUUGACUGAGGUGAAGCUCUCAACUGAUAUUCACACUCUCAUCCAAAGGGCAUCUUUUUGGUCCAUCUUGUCGUCAUGGCAGUCUGAGCGUUAUGGAUGGUAAAGAACUCUUGUGGUGAUAUUUUUGAUUAUAAGUAGGGAUGGGCAUUUCACUACAUUUCCUUGAUUAAAAAUAAUGGUCAAUUAAUUGAUUAUUUGUUCUUUUAGGGAGGGGAGAAUUGCUCUGGGAAUGUUCUCAACUCCUGUUUCCAUGGCACAGUAAAACCAGCUACGACUGAACCAACAGCGCCCCUGCUGGUCCAAACCAAGUAGUGCACUCCAUUUUGCCUCAAAUGCUCCAAGACACAACUAAUUCCACACAAUUGACCAAACUCUUAAUCAUUAUCACUUUAUCGAUAGUUGAUUAUGCCCAUCCCUAAUUAUAAUGUGUUUCUUUAUUGUAGUUUGUUGUUUAUUCUAUCUCCCAAAGCACUGGAAAGUAUAUUAUUGUUUUGACUUUGUACAAAAAUGAUUAUUUUGCCUUUUUAUGCCGCUAAGCAAUUUUAAAGUAUUUAGUUUUUUUUUGUUCAUUUUUCAUUUUAUUUGAGAAAAAAUAUUUUCAUCUCCCCCUUUAAAGCCAGUUGAAGCCACCCAUGUGUUACUUGAUUUGGAGCAAAAAGCCAUUUGGGAACUUUUUGUACAUCAUUGUCCCUUGUUUUUUUGUUUUUGUUCUGUUUGUUUUUUUAACAUGAUUGGGCUUUUGGUUUUCUCAUUGUUAACUUUUGAAGCCAAAUAAUACAUGAAAUGUGAUUCUUUGAUCUGAUUGAAUUCAAAUUUCUCACAUUGUGGAUGUAAAAUUUACCAGUGUGUCUGGUCAGUGAGAAGUCAGUUUUGCUGUGCCUUUUCCCUUUCUUUGUAACUGUGGUUUCCACGGAAACUGGAAGACUGACCUCAACUCUGCUGAGGAGUUGCCACUGACUGAACGUGUUUGUGUUUCCACCAAAGUUAUGCUUUUUCCCGUUUCAACCACAGUUUGACUGUUGUUGACAACUUUGCCAACACUCCAAAGAAUCUCUCUGAACCCCUCUAAUAUUCCACUAGAGGGCGCUAUACAGCGCAACACACACAAGGGACAUGUCCUGAUUUGAAAUGUUAUAAAAUGUUUUACCAGAAUUAA